AUUUGGUCACAAGGAAGACUGCAUCUCCUCCAUCAGCAAUUCAGAAAAUUAGAUCAAAAUCUCAUUUCCCAUUCCCCAAUUCCCAUCCUAUCUUCUCGCCCUCUCUCUGUAGGGAACUCUGCACCAAAAACAAAAAUGAUCAGAGCUCUAUGCAAGGUGGUUGACUUGGUUCUGCUGCUAACAUUCUUGACAAUCUCGGUGGUGGCUCCGUUCUUGGACGCCCAGAUUUUUCUGCCGCAGUGGGUGUUCCCAGACGUGCUCAUUCGUUUCCAUAAAUGGUACACGAUCGAGCACCAGGAUUAUUUGCUAAUGGAGAAGCCUCAUUUUUUCACGGCACUUAUGAAACUGGAGCUUGUUUUCCAAUUUCCCCUCGCUCUGGUUAACAUUUAUGGGCUGUUGGCCUCCAAGCCUUGGUUCAACACCACUUGCCUCAUCUUCGGUGCCUCUCUUAUGACACACAUGACUGCUAUACUGGGGGAGAUGGUAGGAUCCCAGAAGGCAUCAGAUAAACUGAUAAUGAUGUACUCCCCUUUUUGGGGACUUGGUAUUUUAGCCUUACUGCGAGGGCUGCUUUCACAGUGCGGAAAGGCUUCUUCAGUCGUCGGCAACGGACCUGGGCUGGUUAGGAAAAAGAGGGUCUGAGUCAAUGUCUCUGAUACCAUGUUAAAAGCAGGGUUUGUAUGCGGCCAAAUCAAGCUAAAUAAGGACAAAAAUCAAAGUACAAUAAACACAGAGGUUCACAAAGAUAGAAGAAUCUGUAUUUGUAAUUCUUUCUUGCCAUGUUUAGAAAGUUUUAUCUCAAAAUGUAUGAUUGCCUGGUUAUGAGUGCUAAUGAAAUGGCGGCAGGUAGUUUCCAUAAA